UGGACCCCGAAAGCUCGAAAAUUAUGAAAUGAACAUGAGGCUACGGUUUAAUGCACAACCACAUAUGCACCAACUUGCACACAGGGUGUUGCGCAAAGGUACGGGGCCUGCAUCAGGGAUCGAGAAGGCCGCUGUGUUUCAAGGCAGAACCUCGGAAGCACCCUCCAAAACCGGUCCCAAUUGCAAGCUUUUCAUUUGUUCAAGGCUUCGCAAGCCUCAUUGCCUCCGUGUUCAUCAUCUUCUCGCGUUCUGACAAAUCGGACAGCACUGGGCGUUUAAUCAGUUGUUUCACAUGUCUGUGGCACAGAACAAGUGACAUCAGGGCGAAUAUUGCUCUUGUGCACAAUCUAGCUCCUUGUUUGUCGUCAAGCUCGAGAAAAAUAUCCCAUACUCAAGUACCUGCAGGCCAGCAUAAUUCAUACCUCAUCACCCCGAUAGCAACGGCGCAAAUGGUCAUCAAAAGGGCAAGCCCACAAGACCACGAUCUAUUCCCUCAAAAAUGUAACGGGAAUUUCCAGAAUUACCUACAUGCGAAGGAUUCAAGGUAAUAAACAACAAUAAGUUGAAGAUGAAGUUUCUAUUGCUGGGUAUACCACCGGGGGUAGUUCUUGAUGUGAAAACAAAACAGGCGAUAUGAAGUUCAAAAUGAAAGAGGGAAAAAGGUGACCAAAGCGACGACACGACCGGCCUGUCGUCACGAAUGACCACAGUUGACGAUCCGUGCU